AUGACCCAUGAUGACAGCUCCAAGGGUCGCGUUGUGGAGCGUCUUUUGCCGUCUCUGAAGGAUCACAUCUGGGGUCCUUUGGCGUAUCCGCCAUCCCCGCUCGUGGUACCGUCGUCGUCGGCGUCGCAUCCUGUUGCAAGCGCGGAGAAUUCUUCACUUCUCCAAGAGAGCUAUGUGCGGUGGCGGCAUUGCUUUGGGGUGUGGCGGAAGGUACUUGGAAAUGACAUCAUCUUAUUAAGCCUCCUCUUGCAUUCGGGCUGCAUCUGGGCUCCGAAUUACGACACCCUGCUCCAGGAGCGGCAAAAUAGCCUAAGGAAAUCCCAAAAAACGUUCGGGAGGGUGUGCAAGGAUGCUAGACCAAAAUCGGCGGUGCGGAUAGGAACGGGCGCCCAUAGGGCGCCGCGAAGGGGUCUUUUUCUGAAGAGUGGAACCGCAAAGUUGAGGAGUCGCUGCAACAGCAGUAGAUUGCAGGGUCACGAGGAGGAGAAAGGUGUCGCAUUGAACUACUUGAGGCUUGCAAACAAAGAGCCACAUAGCAUAUUCGCGCUCAACGUGUUGCAUUUUCUUAACCUUGUUGAGGUUAUUCGAGUUCCGGACUUUUUUAGUGAGGUGGAGGCAGGUUCAGACGGCUCAUUGUUUGCCUCUUCAGGUAUUACCGAUGGAGUAGAUAGGUGCAGCAGUGAUGAAGAGGGGCAGAAGGCCUCAUCACUUACCACUUCCAAUUCUUUCGAGAGAGAAUUGGAAGAAAGGGGUGACGAUAGUGCUCGGGAUCCAUCCAUGUUGGCUGUCUUUCCCUUGCCAACUCAGGCAGAUGGAAGGAGUCCUUUAGGAAGGAAGCGUUUCAGAAGGAAGUCCGCCGGCAGCGCAUAUGGGAAGCGGCACCAGCGCCCUAAAGUACCUGCAGUGAGUGUAAAGAACGACAACACCUUUGCCUCCUCGCGUCCUUGUGGAGGUCUUGGGGGAGGACCUAGCAGGGGAGCAACCGAUGCUCGAGCUUUUACGAAGAGUGGCCUUGAAGCGAUGGGGGGGGAUGGGGUUGGGUCUUUAGGUGUAUCUGAGCAGCUUCUCUUUGUUGACAAACGCAUGGUGGACGCUCUUUCAGCUUGCAGGUCUCUCUUUUCUUCGAGGAGUCGCGCCGGCGGCCAUGAUCGCCCGGCAUCCCUUCACUUUCCCACGCCACUGCGGCCAACCGCUCUCAAGGAACCUCCGCCCGCACCCCCCGUCUUAGCGGUGGAUGGCUCACCGCCCUUACCGAUGUCCUCGGAUAAUUCGGACGCCGUGCUCAGCGAUCGCGACCUUCAACUUCUCUGGAUGGCGGCCGUCACCGUAGACGACGAGGACGAGCCCCUUGUUCAACGAGUGGGCACCUGGCUCGUGGACGAGUGGUUCGCGCUGUUGCGGUGUGAUCUCGUGGGCGGAGAGGUCCCAUGCGCGCUUUACGGGCUGCGCGCCUACUGGUUGGCGUCCGCUUUCAAGUUCUCCGCCUACGUCGACGGCACCCACACCGCACUCCUGGAUGAGAACGUGCACCUGCAGAGCGUGCUUCUUCGCCAGGCCAUGCCGCCGCAGAGCACCACGGAGCUUUUCCAUACCGCCAUUCCGAGCAUUCUGCUUUGCUACCUGGUUGAAGAGGUCGCUCGAGGGGGGGGGGGGAUUCCCGCACCGCCAACUUGGACGGUGGUCCCCCCUACGCGUUGUAUUUACCGCCGCCGGCGUAUUUGUUCCCCUUCCAUGCCCUCGGCGGCGGCUCGAAGGUGA